UAUACAUGAAUUUAAGAAGUCAGUCUGCUUUGUUUUAUCCCGUCCCGUGAGUUCUGUAAUCGUUGUGACUGUUUUAAACGUACUCUGUCCAAUAUGCGCGUUCUCCUCAUCGUUGCACUGCUGCUGACCGCCGUUGGCAGCGGUGUCUUGGCCCGUGACUGUGCUGCCACCUGCGUUGCCUGCCUGACCAAACCCAACCGUAUCGAAUGUGUAACAUGCGCCUGUACUCCGCAGGCCUGCGCGAUCAUCUGCAAUACGUGCGAUAGACGGAAUCCUGUCUGCAGAACCUGCGCCAACUGCCAAGGUUCCGGUCAUGUUGAGGUCGAUGAGUCUUCGGCGUUGGUGGUGAAGAGAGAUACAGCAACGGAACUGGAAUUAAGAGCAGCAUUUAAGCUAUUCGACAUAGACGGUAACGGCGUCAUUAUUACAUCUGCUCUUGGAAGCCUUCUUCGCGCUCUGGGAUAUGACAACAUUACCGAGGAGGAACUGAGUGAAAUCGAUACCGAUGGCAGUGGCACCAUUGAUAUCGACGAGUUUCUGGCAUUCAUGACCGCUGGCUGAAAGACGACUUCCUUGUAAAUAACCUAAAUGGAUUGGGUAAACGAUCAUCUGUUACGCAAAAUAAACCCGCGCUGGUGGUGCUUUGUUGCGUACACUACAUCAUUCUAUAGAUCCAUAUACUGCUAUUUAACUUUAACCUGCUGAAGGAGACGACCUUGCGAAAUCGUGGGAUUGUCAUCCAAUAACACACAUCCUUACAUGUUCUGAUCCCUGUAUAAGUCACUCCAAAUCAAAUUAAACUUUUAU